AUGCCACCACUGGCGCCUCGUUUCGAGGAUGUGAUGACCAGCGAGGGCCAGGUUGAUCAGCCUGGGAACGUCUCGGAGUCUGUCAGCACUGAACCCCGGCGCAGUGAGGGUCGAAGCUACACCUCGAAGCCGCUAGUCAGGAGUCUGACAGCCCCAAGGGAACUGGAGCAACCAGCAGAGGUCCAGCAGCUCUGCCGACAUCUCAGCCUGGAGCAAAAGAUGGCCUUGGCCCAGCGCAAUCAGCAAUUGCGCUGGGAGCUGGGGCUCUUGAGGCACCAAGGUGUGGCCAUGCGGCGGCACUACCAGAUGGCGCGCAGAGAUUCGAAGGAGAAAGCAGAAGAGUUGCAGCGAGUGGAAGCCGAGUUGAAGACCAGCAAGCAGCAAUCCGAGCAGAUGGCGGAAGCUCAUGUUCAGCUGUCACGUGACCUCCAAGAUCGAGAAACAAGGCUGGCAGAGCUCCAGGUGGAAAAGGACUCUUUGAAGACAGCGGAGGUGGCGGCCCAGAACCUCGUGGCCAGGCUCCGAAGAGAAAUUGUUGUGGCGAAGGAAGCCGGCGACUUUCAGCAGAAAGUCUCACAGGAGCUUCGACAGCAGCUCUCGGAGAGGGAAGAGGCCAUUGAGAAGCUAGAGCAGCUUCAUGAGCAAUACCUUCAGCGGAUCGAUGCUGCAGAGUGCUUGGCAGAAAGGCAGAAAGCGGAUUACGAAAUGCAACAUGAGCAACUCCAGGGAGACUUGAAAGAAUCCCAGCAAGCCCGGCACCUGCUUGAGCAGCAGGUGGCUGAGCUAGAACGAUACCUUCAAAACCUCUGGUCCACUUGGGACACAAGUCUGGCAGGGGCUAGAGAGAAGCUGGCACUCACAACGGCGGAGCAUGCUGAGAAGUUUGGUCGCGCGGCAGCAGAACAAGCUGAGAAGCUCGGGCAGGCAGCAGCAGAGCACGCCGAAAAGCUCGGGCGCUCCGCCGCGGAGCAAGCGGAAAAGCUUGGGCGCGCAGCGACAGAACAGGCAGAAAAGUUCGGGUUCGUUGCAGUCGAACAGGGCGAGAAACUCGGACGUGCUCUGGCAGAGAACGCAGGCCUUCAGUCGCGGCUGCAGGCUGCUGAACGACGCGUCGCCGAAGCGAUGCAGGAGCUACAUGCGACAUCGGUGAGGGCCAAAGCAGCCGAAGAAAGCCAUGCCAAAGCGCAGUCUGAGCUCCUUGAGACUAAACUUGGUGCCAGCAGUCAGUUGGAGGCAAUGCGACGCCAAGCGGAGGCCGAAUGCCGAAGGCUCACACGGCAGAUGCACACUUGGAAGGCCAGGGCUCAAGGGGAGCAGGAGCGUGCAGACCAGGUUCUUCGAACGGAAGAGUCUUUCAAAUGGCAGCAACAGGCUGCUUUUGCCUUGGAACGUUCGGAGCUAGAGUCCCAGGUGCAUCGGCUGCGACGCGAAGUGUCGUUGAUCCGUUCUAGGGUCCGUGAUGGAGUUCAGGCAAUUGUCUCGUCCGAAUUCAUGGCGACAGCCCACUAG